AUGUAAAUCAAUAUUGUUUAGUGGGAAUAAAGCAAUGCUUUAACUCUCGAGGAAUAAGCUCUUAUAGAUUAAAUGGAAAGUUAACAGCAAAAACCACCUCAAGAAAAAGAUAAACCCACUAAUUUUAAAUUUUAUAAGAAACACGAUAAGAAAAAUGAUGAUUUUUUUCGAUUAGAAAUGAUAUAAGGAUAAUAUUAAUAGAAAUUAUCAUCACUUUAAAGUAUAACAUAAAAUUUAGAGAUAAUUUGUGAUUAGUUGAAGAAAUUGAAUGAUGACAAAGAUAAGAUUGUAUAAAAAAUAAGUCAAUUUCAUUAAGAAGCCAAUAUUCAUAUUAAUAAAUAAAAAGAAUUAUUAGAAUACCAAUUUCAAAUUCAAGAAAACAUUCAAUAUUACUAUAAUAUUUAAAAAAUUUCUAGAGAUUUAGAGAGUGAUGAUAAAAAGGAAAUUAAUUAUUAAGUAUUAAUUAGUGAGAUUCAAGAAGGUAUAAUAUUCUUUUCUUCAAAACCUAAUUAUUAUCAAAGUGAUAAAUGUAUUAUAUAAUAUUAAUAAUUGAAGAAAAGAUUGUUAGGAACUUGCAAAAGCUCCUUAAUGAAACUUUUAAACAAAGAAUCAUAAUUUAUCAAUCAGAAAUUUUCCUAAUUGAAAGACUUAAUUUGUGUAUUUUACCCUCCAAGAUUUUUUGGUUAUUAUGAUUUAAAUACAGAUGAGAAUAAUAUCCUUUAACCUAACCCAUUAAAGCUAUAAUUUUUAUAGAUUAUUUUCCCAUAAUUAAUUCCAUAAUUAAAAUUAAAGGAUGUUUAAUUAAAAAAUAACUAUCAAUAUGAAGAAGAAUUUUAAAAAUUCAACAUAACAGAAUAAAUGAAAGAUCUUUUUCUUUAUAUUGAGUCUUAAAUAUAAGGAGAUUAGGAUCUAUAUUCAUUGUAUAAUGAUGUGUUUUUAUAAUAUAACUUUUACAAUAGAUUAAAUUUACACUAAUAAAUUAAUGAUUUAAUUAAUAAACAAUCCAAUAAUCUUAAUUAAACAGGUUAGAUUUUGUAUAAAAUUAAUCAAAGUCUAAUCUAACAAAAAUUAGUUAGUAAAUAGCACUUAUAGAAAUAGUAAGAAAUACUCGUAUUUGAAGCAUUAUGUGGUAUAAUUUUUGAAACUACAGUAAUUGAAGCAUUUUAUUCAAGAAUUUUUUUCAGAUUAAAUUUAAGAAUUGUUAAAGAAAAUGAUAAAUAACAUUUAUCAAGAAUUCUUGAUAAUUAUUAUUAGACAGUAAGAAUAUUUUUGUAGAAAAUAUAUAAUUUAGAUUAAUUAGUCAUGAUUAGUGAAUCAUUAUUAUAUUUAAAAAAUCAUACAUCAAAAGUCUUUUAGAAAAUAAAAGAAAACUCAUUAGAUGAAAAUGAUUAUUUAUUUCCAAUAUUUUAAAUAAUCUCAUAAGGAAAAGUAUUCAAUCCAUAUAUAUACUUAGGAUCAAUCAUAAAUUGUUGAAUGCUUUUAGAAUUAUUUAAAUAUCUUUACAAAUUUGUUUCUAGAGAAAAUUAAUUUAGAUAUCAUUCACAAAUCCAUACAAUCAUCUUAAGUAUAAAUUUAAUAGAAAAUAUACUCAUAUUCCCCUAAAGAUUAUAUUAGAUAAAAAUAAAAAUUAACUAUUCAUAAAUUUUUAAAAACUUAGCCAAUUCCAAAAGGUUAUGAAAUCUAAAGAAGUGAUCUUUACCCUGCAGUAAUAUUUGGAUUAGAUCUGAUAACAAAAAUGCAAAGAUCAGUAGAUUAAGUCAUAUUUAGAUAGUUGGCAGGAGAAACACUUAGAGAAAUCAAUUCUUAGUUGAAAUUAGUUGCAGAACAAUUUGAUGUAUACAUAUAUUGAAAUUAGGUAAAAUUUGAUAGUUACAUAUUUUAUUUAAAAAAUAUAAUCUAUUUAUGUGAUGGAUUGGCAUAAUUAGGAGGAGAUUAUAUAGUAAAGGAAAGUGAACUUGACUUUAGUGAAACAAAAUCAGUUUUGCUUUAAUUAAUAACAGGAUAAUUAAGACCAGAAAUAUAGUGGGUAGAAUUAACAUCCCCUGAAAAAUUAUGGACUUAUAUUACUAAUUUCUUUUAAUUUGUCUAUAAAGGGAUGCCUAAAAUCAACUAAUAUGAAGUUGAUUGGAAGAAUAAUCUUAUGAAUCAAAAAAAUCUAAUGCUCUUUUAAUUUGUUAAAGACAUGACUUUUAUAGUUGCGAAAACAUUAAUUUAAUAUAUUAGAAAUUAUUAAUAUUUACAACAUAAAUUAGUAGAAGGUAAAAACUAAUAUCUAAUUAAUAGAAAAGGAUGAAUAGAAAUUUGUUUAGGCCUAAAAAGAUUUCAAUUUAUUAAUAUCACAAAGUUCAAUUAAAAGAUCUUAUUCAUUAUUUUAUGAAAAUAUAAUUGAUUUCAUUUAGGAGAUUAAUCUUAAACUCAAUAACUAUUUAGAUAGAAGUACAUUUGAUUAAAUUUAAGUAAAAUUUUAUAUUUAUUUAAGAUUUACAUUACAGAAAUUAUAUAAAAUUCCUUAUCAUUACUAAGUUAAUUUUAUAUAAUUGUUUCUAAACAUUAUGGAGGAGAAGAAUACGAAUAUUUCUAAUUUAAUUCUGCAGAUGAGAUAUUCAAAUAAAUAAAAAUUGAAUAUUUUGAUUGA